AUGGCAUCUUGGGGACACUGGGGACACCGGGGGGGUUGGGGCCAUCAGGGUGGGUCCAUCGGGGCUGUGGGGACACGGGGACGUCGGGGGGGGGACGUCGGGAUCCGCGGAAGCAGUACGGAUGGGGGGGGGACCCCGGGGGGACGCGGUGGCCUGAGCCGCCGUCCCCAGCUGGGGUCCCCCACGGCGCUGGCCGACCCCGAGACGGAGCGGCGGCUGCGGGGGGCGGCGGAGCGGGGGGGACACACGCUUUACGUCCCCCGGGGCGCCCUGUGGGGCUGCGAGGACAUUCGGCGCAUGGACGAGGCCGGCACGCUGGCCGCGCUGAAGGUGACGAUGACGAAGGCCCCGCAGAGCUUCCGCCUGGAGGGGCGGCUGCGGGAGCGGCUGGCGGCUGGGGGGGGGACACGCUCGGUCCUUUACGAGGGUCCCCUGCGUCCCCUCUGUCCCCUCGCCCCCAACAACGUCAACACCAUGGCGGCCGCCGCCGUGGCCGCCCCCCGCCUCGGUUUCGACGGCGUCCGCGCCUGCUUGGUGGCCGACCCCAGCGUUCCCGAGUGGCACAUCGUGGAAGUGGAGGUGACGAGCGUGGGGGACGAGGGACGGGCGCUGCGCGUCACCAGCACCCGUCGCAAUCCGGCCGUGCCGGGGGCCGUCACCGGCAAGGCCACCCGCGACGCUUUCUGGAGCAGCCUGCUGGCCUGCCACGGACACGGCGGAUGCGUCCAGCUCUGCUGAAACCACCGAACCGGGGGACAGACAGACCGAGGGACAC